AUUUGAUCGAGUUGAACCCGAGACAGCAACGCCGUGUCGUCUGGCCCGACCUAUGAAACAGGCCAUCGCCGUGUCCUUUCCCGAACGGCGACAGGGGUGCGAUCGACGAGCUCCGGAAACAAUUCGUGGCCCGGCCACCCAAUCACCACCAUCCCGAAUCGUCAUCCACAUGUACCCGGUGUCACUCCCGAGCGGGAGCACCAGUCGUUACUUGGAAUGCUGUCGUCACUCCCCAUUGGCCACGCCACUGCUCGACGCUCCACGCGUUUAUAUACUCUCACUCCUCUACCUCGGGUGCGGAAGGACUGUCGACUAAGUGUUAUCAGUGUGCCCCGGUCCCUAAGUCUCUUGUCCCCCGUUUUCCCCAGUAGAAAGUGGGUUCUCCGUAAACCCACAUUGCCGAACUCGACUCAGCUCCCACAGCCCCUGUCGACGCUCGCUCCAAAGCCACCCGAUCUCGAGGAUAGCAGAAAGCACUUAAGAACCAUGAAGGACCCCGUUGCCAGAACCGCUUCUCCUUACACCGAUCCCUCAGUCAAAGGUCCUCGCAGCCAGCUUCUCUCUCGUGGACGUCCCUUAGCCGCCAACAUGCUCUCCAACACCGUCAACAAGACCGGCCUCCAUCCCGGUGGUAUCACUCCCCACCCUGAACACACUGAACUAGAGGAGGAGCUCCACGAGAAGGCACACAUCGACUAUGACAGAGUCGCGAUUAUCCCCAACCCUUCAGUUCCCGCCCUCUACGAAGAUGCUCUGGUGUACGAGACGGGCACUGCCAUCACCUCCAGCGGUGCCUUGACCGCAUACUCCGGCAAGAAGACCGGCCGGUCACCACUCGACAAGCGAAUUGUCAAGGAGCCAACAUCAGAGAGGGACAUCUGGUGGGGACCUGUGAACAGGCCGAUGGACCCUGAGGUCUGGAAAAUCAACCGCGAGCGCGCCGUCGACUAUCUCAACACCCGCAAUCGCAUCUACGUUGUUGACGGGUAUGCUGGCUGGGAUGAGAAGUACCGCAUCAAGGUGCGCGUCGUUUGCGCCCGCGCUUACCACGCCCUUUUCAUGCGCAACAUGCUUAUCCGGCCGCCGCGCGAGGAGCUCGAGCACUUCCACCCCGACUACACAAUCUACAAUGCGGGGUCGUUCCCGGCAAACCGUUACACCGAGGGCAUGACCUCGAGCACCUCAGUCGCUAUCAACUUCGCCGAGAAGGAGAUGGUCAUCCUGGGCACUGAGUACGCCGGCGAGAUGAAGAAGGGUAUCUUCACCGUCAUGUUCUACGAGGGCCCCAUCAAGCACAACAUCCUUACCCUUCAUUCCUCGGCCAACGAGGGCAAGAACGGCGAUGUCACGCUCUUCUUCGGCCUGUCCGGCACUGGCAAGACCACGCUCUCUGCGGACCCCAACCGGGCGCUGAUCGGUGACGACGAGCACUGCUGGAGCGACCGCGGUGUGUUCAACAUUGAGGGUGGCUGCUACGCCAAGACGAUCGGUCUCUCAGCAGAGAAGGAACCGGAUAUCUUCAACGCCAUCCGGUUCGGCUCGGUGCUUGAGAACGUCGUGUUUGACCAGGACACCCGCGAGGUCGACUACGACGACUCGACGUUGACCGAGAAUACGCGCUGCGCGUACCCGAUCGAGUACAUCAGCAACGCCAAGAUCCCCUGCAUGUCCAACAACCACCCGUCCAACAUCAUCCUCCUCACCUGCGACGCUAGGGGCGUGCUCCCGCCGAUCUCCAAGCUCAACAGCGCCCAGACCAUGUUUCACUUCAUCAGCGGCUACACGUCCAAGAUGGCCGGCACCGAGGACGGCGUGCUCGAGCCGCAGGCGACGUUCUCGGCGUGCUUUGCCCAGCCCUUCCUCGCCCUCCACCCGAUGCGCUACGCCAAGAUGCUGGCCGACAAGAUCCAGGAGCACAGCGCCAACGCGUGGUUGCUCAACACGGGCUGGGUCGGCGCCGGUUUCGCUCAAGGCGGCAAGCGCUGCCCGCUCAAGUACACGCGCGCCAUUCUGGAUGCGAUCCACAGCGGCGAGCUCGCAGAGGUCGAGUACGAGAACUAUGAGGUGUUCAACCUCCAGGUGCCCAAGAGCUGCCCCGGCGUCCCCGCUGAGCUGCUCAACCCCAGGAAAGCCUGGACGGCCGGCGAUGACAGCUUCCAUGCCGAGGUCACCAAGCUUGGCAAGCUGUUCUUGGAGAACUUCAGGAAGUAUGAGAGCGAGGCGACCGAGGAUGUUGUCAAGGCUGGCCCGGUUGUUUGAGCGAGCAGCUGGUUCCGGUUUUCUCUUUUUUGUCCCUUUCUUGUUGCUCUGGCAUGGAUUUCUUGCUUCACCUUUUUCCUUAUUAGCAUUGGAUACCGGCGCUUUCUUGCCAUUGUUUUGGGUUUUGGUUACUUGCCUGUCCGCUUGAAGCUGGAUGCUCCUGCGGCAUAGGUUGAGCAUGGGUUGGAACUGGUUGUCGCUGCUGUAACUUUGCGGCUUCAAAGGGAAAUGUUCGGUGAGGGCUAUGACUGAGUCGUGGAUGAUGGGUCCCUGGUAUUGACUGGUGCUGAGUGGAAAAGUAUGGCCCUGCUACAAGCAGUGCGAGAUGACUGAGAAAUGAAACGAUUGCGAGUUUGUCAGACCUCUGCCUGCCUUUCUAUAUGAGUGCCUGCUGGUGCAGUGUAAUUAUGGGUGCUUGCCAAUAAUGAGG